AUGGGCGUCCCCGAGCUCGAGCAGCAGAUCAGCGCGCAAGGCCUCAAGGUCAAGGAGCUCAAGACCAGCAAAGCCGACGCCGACACGAUCAAGGCCGAGGUCGCCGGCUUAUUGAAACUCAAGCAGGAGAUCACGGCCCUCGACCCCAAUCACGCUUUAGCCAUUGUAGAUAAAAAAAAGAAGAAGGAGAAGGCCAAGGCGCCGCAAGGCCCCUCCAAAAAAGAAUUGAGGAUAUUAGCCAAGCAGAAGAAGGCGGCCGAGGACGCGGCCAAGGCCAAAGAAGCGGAAGCCGCGUCGGCCGACGUCUUCGGCGAGCCCGGGGUUUGUAUGAGUGCGUCCAUGACGGCGCGGCGGUGGACGUCCGUCGGUGCUGUGGGACCUCAUUUGAUCGGGAGCGACGUGUGGGUCCGCGCUAGAGUGCAUGCUGUCAGAGCGAAGGGCAAUUUAGCGUUCGUCGUCCUGAGGCAGGGCUGCUUCACGGUGCAGGGCGUCGCAAGCGCCCCGGCCAUCCCCAAGGCCAUGGUCGCGUUCCUGGGCAAGAUCCCCUCCGAAUCUAUUGUAGAUGUGGAAGCUUCAGUAGCAUCGGCCCAGGUCUCGGCCACCACCCAAUCGACUGUCGAGCUCGCGAUCAAGAAGUGCUUUAUCGUGUCCAAAGCCGUACCCGAUCUGCCGUUCCAGAUCGUCGACGCGAGUCGCAACGAGAACGACCCGAAGGAGGGCGAAGUCACGGUUGGGUUGGACACGCGCUUGAAUCAUAGGGUGAUUGAUCUACGAACCCCGGCCAACCAGGCCAUCAUGCGCAUUCGAAGUGCGGUACCUCUCUUAUUUGCGUCCUACCUCAACGACCAGGGCUUUACGGGAGUCAACUCCCCUAAAUUGUUAGCUGGAUCAUCAGAAGGUGGUUCGUCGGUAUUCAAGCUCGAGUACUUUGGAAGGGACUGCUGCUUAGCCCAGUCGCCCCAACUCUACAAGCAGAUGCUCUCAGCAUGCGCCGACUUCGAACGAGUGUACGAGAUCGGCCCCGUCUUCCGCGCGGAGGACAGCAACACGCGGAGGCAUUUGUGCGAGUUCACGGGCCUCGACUUCGAGAUGGCCAUCUACGAGCACUACUACGAGGUCCUGGAUUUGUUCGGCAAGUUAUUCAACCAUAUCUUCCGUACUUUACAAAAUAAGUACGGCAAGGAGCUGGAGUUGGUAUCGCAGGUCUACCCGUUCCAGCCGUUCAAAUUUUUGGAUAAGCCUCUCAGAAUUAGUUUUGCGGAGGGUAUUGCGUUGCUGCGAGAAGCGGGCGUCACCGAAGAACAACAGGGCGCUUUUGAUGAUCUAUCUACGGUAAAUGAGAAGAUCUUGGGCGAUCUCAUCUUAGAAAAGUACGAUACCGACUUUUAUAUCAUGGACAAGUACCCCCUGUCGAUCCGACCGUUCUAUACCAUGCCGGAUCCUGCUACUUAUAAGAAAGUACCCGCGGCGGAACAGUUGUCCAAUAGCUACGACAUCUUCAUGCGGGGUCAAGAGAUCUGCUCCGGGGCGCAGCGCAUCCACGACCAUACCUUACUCAUGGAGCGGGUCAACCACUGCCACGGCGACGCGGGCCACGGCGGGCCGCACCCCGACUCCAUCAAGGGUUAUACCGAUGCGUUCAAGUUCGGCGCGUUCCCGCACGGCGGCGGCGGCGUCGGCUUGGAGCGGGUGGUCAUGCUCUUUUUGGAUUUGACGAACAUCCGCAAGACCUCGUGCUUCCCGCGCGACCCGGGGCGCCUGACGCCCUAGAUUAUGACGGGGGUCGUAAGCUUUAGGUUUCAG